GUUAAAAGUGGGGAGCCAUAGUCGUCGUCAAAACCCUUAAAGAAGGGCGUCUCUGCUGCAAAUCUUGAAAAAAAUGGAGAAACCCAACAAAAAGCAAGUGCUUCUCUUCUACUGUGUGGAGUCUGAACAACUCGCUCGCAAGAUAUCCGAUCAAUCUGACCUCAUUCAGCUCCAAUCCAUCAACUGGAGGAGUUUUGAUGACGGGUUCCCUAACUUGUUCAUAAACAAUGCUAAAGAUAUCCGAGGCCAGCAUGUUGCGUUUCUCGCAUCAUUCAGCUCGCCAGCUGUCAUUUUCGAACAACUUUCUGUUAUAUUCGCUCUUCCGAGGCUUUUUGUUGCUUCCUUCACAUUGGUGUUACCUUUCUUUCCAACGGGCUCUUUUGAAAGAAUGGAAGAAGAAGGAGAUGUAGCAACCGCAUUCACAAUGGCACGGAUAUUAUCAAAUAUUCCCGCGUCAAGAGGUGGUCCCACAAGCUUAGUUAUUUACGACAUACAUGCUUUGCAGGAAAGAUUUUACUUUGGGGACCAUGUUUUACCUUGUUUUGAGACUGGGAUGCCUCUCUUGAAGCAACGGCUUCACCAACUUCCCGAUGCUGAUAAUGUUGUGAUCGCCUUUCCAGACGAUGGAGCGUGGAAGCGAUUCCACAAGUUGUUGGAUCACUUUCCCACAGUGGUUUGUGCAAAAGUUCGUGAAGGUGAUAAGCGGAUCGUAAGGCUGAAGGAGGGCGAUCCUGCGGGUCGCCAUGUAGUAAUUGUUGAUGACUUAGUGCAAUCUGGAGGCACUUUGAUUGAAUGCCAGAAAGUUUUAGCAGCUCAUGGAGCAAACAAAGUCAGUGCUUAUGUCACUCAUGCAGUGUUUCCAAAAAAAUCUUUUGAGAGAUUUGUUCACAAAGAUGAAAACUCGAAGAAGGCGUUUGAGUACUUUUGGAUUACAGAUUCUUGUGCUAAUACGGUUAAAGAAAUUGGAAACAAAGCUCCUUUUGAAGUCAUAAGUCUGGCAGGAUCUAUUGCAGAUGCACUUCAAAUAUGAUGUUUCUGUGUUAUUUUAAACAUAUGUUUAAAGCGCUCAUCGUUAGAGGAGAGGAAGAGAAAUGUUUGAAUUUACCAGUUGUCAUCAUUUGCUAUUGGACGGAUUAGUAAGACAUGACAGAUUCUGAAGUACGAAUGUAUUGAUCUAUUUUGCUCUUCCAAGUGUGCAAGAAAAGUGUUUUUUUUUA